CCGCCAGCCCCGCCAGCACCGCCGUCGCCACCGCCGCCGCCGUCUCCCUGCCACCCCCGCAGGAUGCCCGGGGGGCGCAAGGGUCUCGUAGCCCCCCAGAACACCUUCCUCGACAGCAUCGUGCGCCGCUUCAGCGACACUGACCUCCUCUUGGGCAAUGCCCGCAUUGUGGACUGGCCGAUCGUUUACUGCAACGCGGGGUUCUGUGGCCUCUCCGGAUUCCAGCGCGCAGAGGUCAUGCAGUGCAACAGCACAUGCAGCUUUAUGUAUGGCGACCUAACGGACCGGGGCACCAUCGAGAGCGUGAGGAGGUCGUUCGAGAAUCACGAGACCAACUCGUUCGAGAUCCUCAUGUACCGCAAGAACCGCACUCCAGUGUGGCUCCACAUGCAAGUGUCUCCGGUGCGUAACGAGUUGAACGAGGUGGUGCUCUUCUUGAGCAUCUUCCGGGACAUCACCAUCUUCAAGCAGCCCAUAGAGGAUGACAGCAGGGGGUGGGCCCGCUUUGCCCGCCUCACCCGGGCCCUCGCCACGAGCCGGAGCGUCCUGCACCAGCUCAGCACCAGCGGGGCGCGCGGGGAGGCGGCGGGAGCCAAGGGACUCCGCACGGCCGAGGUCGUCCAGCUGAACACCGAAGUGCUCCCCGCCUACAAGCAGGAGGCUCCCAAGACCCCUCGGAACAUCAUCCUCCACUACUGCGCCUUCAAGACCACGUGGGACUGGCUCAUCCUCAUCCUCACCUUCUACACGGCUAUCAUGGUGCCCUAUAACGUCUCCUUCCGCACGCGGCAGAGCAACGUGGCGUGGCUCGUGGUGGACAGCGUGGUGGACGCGAUCUUCCUGGUGGACAUUGUGCUCAACUUCCACACGACCUACGUGGGCUCCGCCGGCGAGGUCAUCUCGGACCCGGCACUCAUUCGGACAAAGUAUCUCAAGACGUGGUUCCUCAUCGACCUGCUCUCCUGCCUGCCCUACGACAUCAUCAACGCCUUCGAGAACGCCGACGAGGGCAUCAGCAGCCUCUUCAGCGCGCUCAAGGUGGUGCGGCUGCUGCGCUUGGGCCGCGUGGCGCGCAAGCUCGACCACUACAUCGAGUACGGCGCCGCCGUCCUCGUGCUGCUCGUGUGCGUGUUCGGCCUCGUCGCGCACUGGCUCGCCUGCAUCUGGUUCAGCAUCGGGGACGCGGAGGCGGCGCGCGAGUACGGGUGGCUGCACCAGCUGGCGCACAGCGUCGGGCAGCCGUAUCGUUACAGCCACGCCAACGGGAGCGUCGCCGACGCCGACGCCGCCGCCGACGCCGCCGCCGCUGCGACGACCACCUCCGCCUCCCCGGCUGACACCUCCAUCACCAGCCCCGCGGGUGUGAUGGAGGGCGACGGCGGUGGGCGCUGGGAGGGCGGCCCUUCCCGGCGCACGCUGUACGUGUCGGCCCUGUACUUCACGAUGAGCAGCCUCACGAGCGUGGGGUUCGGCAACAUAGCGCCCAACACGGACGCCGAGAAGAUGUUCGCUGUGGCCAUGAUGAUGAUCGGAUCGCUGCUGUACGCAACGAUCUUCGGGAACGUUACGACGAUCUUCCAGCAGAUGACAGCGAGCACCAACCGCUACCACGAGAUGCUGACGAGCGUGCGCGACUUCCUGCGCCUCCACCACGUGCCGCGCGGACUCAGCGAGCGCGUCACGGACUACAUCGCCUCCACGUGGUCCAUGUCUCGCGGCAUCGACACGGACAAGGUGCUGAGAAUAUGCCCCAAGGACAUGCGCGCAGACAUCUGCGUCCACCUGAACCGCACCGUCUUCUACGAGCACCCCGCGUUCCGCCUGGCGAGCGACGGCUGCCUGCGGGCCCUGGCCGUGGAGUUCCAGACGGUGCACUGCGCACCGGGAGACCUGGUCUUCCACGUGGGCGAGAGCGUGGACUCGCUGUGCUUCGUCGUGUCCGGCUCCCUCGAGGUGGUGCAGGACGACGAGGUGGUGGCAAUCCUCGGCAAGGGGGACGUGUUUGGAGACGCGUUCUGGCGAGAGAGCGGCCUGGCGCAGGCGUGCAGCAACGUGCGCGCGCUCACCUACUGCGACCUGCACGCCAUCCCGCGCGAGCCGCUCCUGCGAGUUCUCUCCUUUUACGCGCCCUUCGCCAGCUCCUUCGCACGACAGCUGCUGCUCACCUUCAACCUGCGCAAGCGCAUUGUGUUCAGAAAAAUCAGCGACGUGAGACGCGAGGAGGAGGAGGCGGCGGCGCGGGCGAGGCGGGGGAGCACGGCCCCCCGCGUGGAGCUGCACUCCGAGCAUCCCGUGCGCCGCCUCCUGCAGCGGCUGCGGCAGCAGAAAGAGGCGCGGGGCGCGGCUGAGAGGGGUCCCCCAGCGGGGGGCGGCGCGGAGGAGCCCGAGCCGGACUCGGUGCCCCCCACGGUCCCCAAUGGCUCAUCGGUCAGCGGCAAUAGCAGUAGCGUGGUGACCAUCACGGAGGCGCCCGGUCCCUCUCACGUCAAGCCGACCUCUCUGCCCCUGAGCCUGCAGGGGUCAUCGCCGGCACUGGGGCACAGCGCUCCGGGGGCCCUGCUCUCGGCUCCCAGCGCGGGGCCCUUCAAGAAACCCACGGGGUGGUCGCGCUUCAGAGGGGCCCUCAACGCCGCCUCCAAGGAACCCAGCGGUGGCGAGAGCCGGGGCCACUCUUCGACAGAGGUCAUCGAGAUGACGGAGGCGAGCGUACGGGGGCGCGAGGAGAGGGCCGGCGGGGCGAGCACCCCGUCGCAGGUGCACGUGUGGGAGGCGUCGCCCGCCACCUCCCGCGCGCAGAGCCCCACCGCGGGCGCGGGCCGGACCCCCGAGAAGGUGCCUCUGAGGAAGACGGAGUCUUGCGACAGCGGCAUCACGCGCAGCAGCCAGAGGCUGGACGCGCACGACGGAGCGCGGAGCUCGGAGCACAGCCCCGCAGCGACGGGGCCAGCGGCCGGGGCAGUGGCCGUGAGAGAAGUGCGACGGCCGUGCCUCGCCAUCCCCGAGCAGAGGCUGCACGCGUCCGUGCUGGGCGCGCGGGAUGACCUCAAGCAGGACGUGAUGUCGCUGGGAGCGCGCAUGGCCGGCAUGGAGAAGCAAUUGGCGGAGAUCGUGCGGCUGCUGAACGAGCGGCAGGUCCGUGACUGUGGUCCGUGACUGUGGCCCGUGGCUGUGGUCCGUGACUGUGGUUCUUGACUGUGGUCCGUGACUGUGCCCCGUGACUGUGGCCCGUGACUGUGGUCCGUGACUGUGGUCCGUGACUGUGGCACGUGACUGUGGUCCGUGACUGUGCCCCGUGACUGUGGCCCGUGGCUGUGGCCCGUGACUGUUGCCCGUGACUGUGGCACGUGACUGUGCCCCGUGACUGUGGUCCGUGACUGUGGCACGUGACUGUGGUCCGUGACUGUGGCACGUGACUGUGGCCCGUGACCGUGGCCCGUGACCGUGGCACGUGACUGUGGUCCGUGACUGUGCCCCGUGACUGUGGCCCGUGACUGUGGUCCGUGACUGUGGCACGUGACUGUGCCCCGUGACUGUGGCCCGUGACUGUGGCCCGUGACUGUGGUCCGUGACUGCGGUCCGUGACUGUGGCCCGUGACUGUGCCCCGUGACUGUGGUCAGUGACUGUGGCCCGUGACUGUGCCCCGUGACUGUGGUCCUUGACUGUGGCCUGUGACUGUGGCCCGUGACUGUGGCCCGUGACUGUGCCCCGUGACUGUGGCCCGUGACUGUGGCCCGUGACUGUGGCACGUGACUGUGCCCCGUGACUGUGGUCCGUGACUGUGCCCCGUGACUGUGGCCCGUGACUGUCGCGACCCGGCGCGUGGCUCCAGGCUGAGGGGACUACAAACUCGGCCGCAGGUUUAUUUUUGUUGUUCCCAGCCAGGUGGAGUCAAGUAUUAUUGAAGCGUGAAGAUUAUUAUUUUAUUACCGAUUAUAAUAAUUAUGAUAAUGCACCAGUGAUGAUUGUUCUUGAAGAUGGUGAAUUCAUUAUUGACGAAGACGAUUGAUGAGGAUGAUCGAUACUAAACUGUGCUCCCACCAGUCCAGAUUUCCUGGGAAGGUUGCACUUACUGCCCGGUCUCUCUUCUGCCAGAGAGAACUAUCGCAAUAAAAUAUUCUUCCGACUCAUCAAUCACCACCCCUCGACCCGGAGCCCGGAGCAGCGGACACCGAGGAGGCAGGGACUUGUGGACAGGCCCCGCAGCAGCAGCAAGGACUUGCGGACAUCGGGGCUCUCACGAGGCGUCUGGAUUCUGUGUCGCGAACUGUCGCCACCCUUGGUCGUGUGUUCGACUCGAUAUCGACUUCCAGAGUGAGAGAAGGAGAACUGCUGUCGUGCUGCCUCGUGAGACUCCCCUCCCCCCCCCACCACUUCGCCUCACCCCCCCCCCCCCCCUCCUCAUGUCCACGUGUCCCUAAGCGCCUGCGUUAGUUGCAUUGGGUAGAUGUUGCAGAUGCAUGGCAAGUGUCAGCGCCGGGGGGGGGGGGGGGUGGGGGUCCUGGGUCGAAUUGUGGAUCCUGAAAAAUCAGCGAGUGACCUCACACAGUGAUCACGUGGUCCAGGCGAUCAGAUCACUCGGUGGACGUCCCGCGAAACGUUCCUCCCAUUAAUGCGACCGCCUCAAUGGUCCUCGUCGCUCGGUGCGCGCGGUGAUUUACCGUCUCGCCGAUCGCGUCUCGUCUCGAUGGCUAACCUCGUUCAUUGAUCCUCGUCACUCGUCGAUUCCCCAAGUCAGUGGCGAUCCUCUCGCAGAGAUGUCCCCGCCGAGUGAUCUCCUCUCUUGAACUGCGAGUUCGGUGAUCUCUCUAUAUAUAUUGGAAAAAAAAAAUCUCCCAACUCAAUAAAACUCACCUCGCACGGUGACGUCACAGUGGGUGACCUCUUCAACACCCCAACUCCCAGCAACCAUGCCAACAUCGGGCCAACGUUGGGAAUGCGGUUGGAACCGUCGAGCCAACGUCGGCCCAACGUUCAUUCAACGCUCCACGUUUAAUGGGUGGCGUCCUCACCUCCGCAAGCUCCUCGUGCGGGGGCUCCCGGUGCAUCAACAAGAUCCGCAUGUGGCCCUCGCCUCGCGCGCACCAACACCGCGACCACGUGUCUCGUGAAUGCUCGGGAAUGCGAAAUUCACGCGGUGGAAACGACGGCGAAACCUCGACCACAAGCAAGCAAACGUCGAUUAAACGUCGAUUAAACGUCGAUUAAACGUCGAUUAAACGUCGAUUAAACGAGUCUUUGCAGUA